UCCCCCAAGGAGUUGAGUGGGAUGAUAAAGAGGAAUCGUACAUCGGAGGUGACAUAGAGCCUGCCUUGGCGAGAAAGCUGGCUCAAGGGGACGUUGAUCCAGUGACACUUCUACCGAUGAUUGAUAUCAAUCCGAGCUUCGUACCUCGCACAGUGAAGCCCCUCCCAUUUCAGGCCAAUAAUGUUAAUCGGCCUAGCUCAGUCAAAGGAAAGGGCAAAGCAAAAGCCGAGCCUGAGAGUAGCGGAUUGCUUACCUUCUUCGCUCCAAAACCAAAAGCUACCCUUACUCGUAGUAACUCCGCGCCAACAAAGAAAACGGCAAUGUCUGGUAAAGGUAGCGGAAAGAGGACACUUGUCGAUAUACUUGACGAAGACCUCGCUGCAAAACGCAUAAAACUAAAUCAGGCUUCGUCUUCCACAAACCUUUCUCUUCUCACACAUUCAAGGUUCUUUCCCUCUCCAUUGACGUCAAAACAGCGAGUGGAACGAGCCGCAGACGAUCUGAUGCCCAAUUCACGUAUCUCAUAUCCCCUAUCUGAAAAAGAAAACCUCCCCGAUCAUGCCGAUAACGUCAUUGUAGUUGAAGAAUUGGACGAAAUUCUUGAUGAGCCCCUGGAUCCCGUCACACAAGAAGAUGGGUACCUAUCACCUUCCCCAUCCUACUUCCGAUCAGCCACACCUGAUCUCUCUUCACCUGUACGGCCAUAUAACCCCGGACGGCGUGAUCAUGACAACGGAGACGACUUCGGCGCGGAUGUCAUCCCCAGUCCCACGGCAGUGAGAACAGUCACGCGACAUGCCUUGCAUCAAUGUUUACCGCUCAAGAAAGAGAAAGUUAGUAUCCUCGUUCGGGAAACGCCGCCGCCGAGUGCUGCCGAUGAAAUCGAAGGACCUGACUUGCGUGAUGUUCUCGACAUUGAAGCGCCCGGGGAUAUCGAUGCGAUCGAUGAUGACAUAAUUACUCCGGCCUCAGUCAUCUUCUACCUCUGGUCCUAUUACUCCGGAAGACAACGUGACUGAGGCUAGUGCACACGCAAAACGCACGGAGAUAGUUGCCAAUGGGUGGUGGAAUAAGUGGGCCCUAAACAAGGAUCUACGC